AUGCGAUCACUCCUCAUAGUCAUAAUAGCCAACAUAAUUGGCGGCAACAACAACAACAAUAACAACAACAAUAAUAACAGGCCACAGUUCUUAAACAAUAAUGCUCCAAAGAUCUUCAAUAACAAUAAUAAUAAUAUAAAGCAACAACUUCAGCAGACAAUACCAAAGCCUCCAUUGUUUGGAAACAAUCCAAAUCCUGCUGCUACUAGUGGAGCUGGAGUUGGUGUUGGUGGAGGAGUUGGAGGUGCCAGCAAUGUCCCACCCAAGCCAAGAAUAUCAUUCUUACAAGAUCCCAAAGCAACUCCAUUCUCAAAGAUCUCAACAUCAAACAACAACAACAACAACAGCAACAUCUUUAUCAACAGAGGCAACAACAAUGGACCAUCAACAACAUCACCAUCACCAUCAUCUCCACCACCAUCAUCGUCAUCUAGCUUCGCAGGUGUCAUUAGUAACAUGAACAAACCAGGACCAGGCUCAGGCACAGGACCAGGCUCACCUCCCCAGGGCGUCAAUACAUCGCCAACUAAUAGCCCGUUCUUCAGGCCGCCACCCCCGCCACAUGGCCAGUCACAGGCGGGCAACCUAUUCAAGAACAUCAACUUUAUAAACACAAACAACAACAAGUCCACAUUCCCUUUCAAUCCCAAGCAGUUCCCAUCGCCACUGCAGAACAAGACGCCACCCGUCCCUGGCAGUGGUACUGGUACUGGCACUGCUGGCCCGCAGCAGACUACAACACAGACUACACAGACGACACAUAUGGCACAGACACAUUCAAGCAUACCCAUUGGCAAACAGCCUGAACAGACAUUCCUCAAGCAUUUGAGGAGGUUGAAUGUUGAAGCCAAUAACUUUGUCAACAGCCAGAAUAUGUUGCACGACACUCUAAAGAACAACAACAAUAACAACGGCGGCAACAACUACAACAACAACAACAACAUCAACACUGGUCCAAAGAUACAGAAUAUCAUUCAAACACAUACACAGAGGAACCAAGGUGGCGGCGGCAACAUAUCAUUCAACAACAAUCAAUAUCAACCUGGCAAGCAACAACAACAACACCAGCAUCAAGGAAGACAACCCCAGCACCAGCACCACCAUCAGCAGCAGACUGGAAACAAAUAUCAGACGAAGAAUAGGGGCCAGGACGAGGUGAUCAUUGAUGAUCCGGACGAGGCCGAGGAUGAUGAUGCGGUGAUCGACCCCGACGUCGAGGACGCGUCGGGCGACAAGAUUCCGACAAAGGAUGUCGAGGAGCUCAGGAAGGAGUAUAUGAGACGCCAGACGAGCAGCAACGCCGCCAAGAAGGCCGCCAAGAAGAAGGAGGAGGAGGAGCGCGAGGAGGUCGAGGAAGAUGCCGGCGACGACGAGUGGAAGGAGCGUGGCAGCAAGAAGGAGAGGAUGAGAGCCAAGCGUCCUAAGAGGGAGAGCGGUGGAUACAAGGCCAUCAUGAAGGAGAAGAGACGCGAGGGCGAGGACGACGAGCCAGAGGUAGCCGUCAAGCGAAAGACCGUUGGUGGUCUGGACGAGGACCUGGAACUCGACCCCGACCUGGCACACAUCGACGAUCAUCUGGAUCUGGACAAGGAGGACUUGGAUGAGGACUUGGAGCUGGACCUGACCACCUAUGAGGCAGAGUUGGAAAUGGCCGAGGAGGAGGCGCAGGCUGAGGAGGCGGCGGCCGAGGCGGCCAAGGACACGGGCCCCAAGCUCAAGGUGUUUGGAAAGUAUCGCAAUCCCGAGAGAGAGCUCAAGAUCCGUGUGGUGCGGGCGUGUCGCCAGCUCAACAUGAAGACGCUGAGGUACAACAACGACCUGACACACAUGAACAAUCUCAAGGUGAUUGGCGCGGAGAACAAGUUGAUCGAGACCAACAUGUCUGGUAUGAACGCACUGCGCUUGGCCCAGAACCAAAGUCUGGACCUCCUCCUGGUCAGCGCGCCCAAGGACAACCAACAAGGCAUCGUCAAGAUCCUGGAUCUGUCCAAGUACAUCCGAACCUUUGAGGACAAGGUCAAGAUCAAGAGCAAGGAGAAGAGCAAGGAGAAGAUCAUAUAUAUAUCCCCAACGAUCCAACCUGCAGACCUCAAGAUGAAGAGGAAGAGACUGAGCGAGUUCUUGAAACAUGGCCUCAGGGUGCAGGUGUCCUUGGUGUUCCCUUCGGAUAUGUUUGAUAAGGAGGUGGGCCAGUUGUUGAUGAAGAAGAUGACGGUGCGCGCUGGAAAGAUCAUCAGCGAGGUCACUGAAGCCAGAUCGAUCACUGUCAAGAUGGUUCCAUUGUCCAAAGAGGAGAAGGCGAAACUCAAGUCUGAGCUGGGUCUUGAUGAUGAUAAUAUGGAUAUCGACGAAGAGGACAUGGAGAACAAUGACGAAGACGACAAUGCUGCCGAAGAGAAUGAGGAGGAACAGGACGAGGAUGAGGACGACGACGACCAAGAAGACGAGGAUGAAGACCAGGACGAGGACGAAGAUGAGGAUGGAGAGGAUGAAGAUGAUGCACAGGAUCAAGACGAGAACGACCUCAUGUUGAAUGGCGAGUCCAAUGCACCAUCAAGUACACUGCCCAUCAACAACAGUGCAACAGGAUCAUCAAAGAAGACAAAGUCAACGACCACGACGACUGCUACAACAACAGCCGAAUCAGAACAAGAAAAGAGAAAGAAGCUGGUUAUGAAGGAGUUGGGAUUGAGAUCCGCCAAGGACAUGCGAAUGGUCGAGGAUCUGCUGCGUGCAGAGGCCGCCAAACAAGAGAAGAAGAGACUGAAGGAGGAGAAACUACAACAACAGCUAAAGGAACAAGAGCUCAACGAUGAGGUAGCCUUUGACGAGGAGGACGAUGGCAGCUUCAAGAAGAAGAAGUCAAAGAAGAUGAAAGGACAGCGAUAA